CUUAGCAUGCUUGCCAGGUCUCCCUGAGAUGACGCAGUAACCCCGGCCGUGCCUGCAGCUAGCACCGUGCCCGGCCCCGGACACACACACGUCAGACCCCGCUCCACCGCCGCCCGCGGCUACACAGACAGUUACCUCACAGCUCCCGCCCUUCGCCAAUUGCUCGUCGUACGUGGUUGUUUCCCCCCCUACUGUCAUUGGUUCACUCACGGUCACUCUCUGCUUCGCUAUUGGUUGGCUGGCCGCCAUCCCGGAAUGUGAUUGGCUUUGUCGUAGCUCAGCUCUCUUCCUAGCGCGAGAGCCGCUGAUUGUCCUGGAUUGGAAUUCGCCAAUUCCAGGAGCCUAGCACUGGUGCCGGGGAGCGGCGCGGAUGGGCGGCCCAGGCCGGGGAUUUGCGGCCCGAGAGGUUGUGGAGGGAUAACGCAAUAAUACAGGGCUCUACUGACCAUGCGUUUGAAAAAAGGUCCCUCUCACUCCUUCCAGCCACCAACUGCAAUCCGUUCAUCUCAAGGAAGCAGUGUCUACACGUUUACUGAUGGGUCGCCAGAUCUUGGCAGCUCCUCAGAAGAGGAAAUUGAUAUCAUGGAGCUCCGUGCGCGGGGUGGAGAGCUCCUGCGCCAGAACGCCUCCCGGGAGAAGGUUGGCGAUGUUAUUCUGUUGGAGUGUGCUAUCACAGAGAAUGACAACCUGAACAAGCUGGCGCUACAGUAUGGAUGCAAGGUUGCGGAUAUUAAGAGAGUAAACAACUUUCUUACGGAGCAGGAUAUGUACGCCUUGAAGAUUAUUAAGAUCCCAGUCAAGGUUCAUGGGAUCUUUACAGAACUCCAUGCGGCAUCAUACACACAAAAAGGCCAAGCUGUAUACUCGGAGGACAUUGUGAGUGAUCCUGCUAGCCCUACAGAAAACACAGACAUAACGCGGUACUUUCAGGAGAUAGACCAGGACAUCGAGGCAGCUGCUCAGACGCAGGACCUGCUUAGUGAGUCUUUGGACCCUGGAACGGACACAUUUCAGAUUUCUCCAAGGAAAAAUUCUUUCAGUUUGGGAGCAGAUUGCGGUAUACGGUGGUGGAAUGCUGUUGUUAUUAUGCUGUUGAUUGGAAUUGUGCUGCCAGUAUUUUAUAUUCUCUAUUAUGAGACGCGUAAAGUCCCCGAGCAAUUGCAAGUGUCUGCAAAUGUCACUAAUACUUUUAUGCCAAAAGUAAGUACAAAGGUGGUGAAUAGAAUUAUGAGAAACCUACAUGAUUCAUAGAGACCUCUUGACACAGAAGGCUGAAAUGUGAAGAAGGACCAGUAUUCUUCACCCCCAGGGACAGAAGUAGUACGCUUGUCACUUUACAGAACAAAUAGAACUAUCGGCUGAAUAGUGCUGCACUGCUGGAGUUCUUGAUCAUUAACCAUCGCCAGUUCUCUAUCAUUCCUCAAAACAAGACGCUAACAUUUUUAGGUCUGCAAAAUGUUGCCAGUAUUCCUACGUAAAUUAUUAGCUUGACCUAAAACGGGUUUGUGAUACUAUUCUGCCAAAAGCCAUGCCUCGUAUGUCCUCCAUGAUUUACUGUCACUCAGAAAUCCACUUCUUAGUUCUGGCUUGGAGAUGCUAGUAUUGAAUUGUGGUACAAAUGUUUAUAGGUGCCGAUACAGCCCUCCAUGAUCGCAAGUUUUUACAGAGCAGCUCAGCCAAGACCUUGGACAUGUUGUGGUCUCUGAGCUGUAAUAUUCUUUACUGUCAUACAGGUGUGUUUACAUUUUCAGAUGUUUUCAAGACACUUUCCUUUUAACUUGAUGAUUUUCUUAUAAAAAAAAAAUACUACUCUA